ACUGACAAAACACCAAAAUAAAAGCUCACUCCUGACCGUACAAUUCCUUUCCGCCACUCGCCGGAGACCGAACCUCCCGCCAACGGUAGCGCGUGGCGUUCCCAGCCCCGCCGGAGUCACCACGCAAACGCGUAUCGUAUUACGUUAUAUUGCUAAGCUAUCACGGGAUUGUAUCUUAGAUUUUUUUAUUUAUCAUCGCAAUAAUUCGAGAUGAAACUGCUGUUUCAUUGUCAGUUACGAUCCCUUUUUUAAUAUCUAGGUAAGACACUUUCAUCUUUUUUGCUCCUCAAUGAUUCUCAACGUUUCAAUUCUGGUUGAAUUUGCUUCAAUUCAUGUCCUUCGUGAAAAGUUUCCACUGCGACCGACGUCGUUUUUUAGUGAAUUUCUGAUCACUGUUUCAUUGCAAGUGGCGUUUUUGCCUUUUUUUUUGUCAUGGCUUGAGCAUUAAGUUUUUUGGUGAUUAUUGUUUAGAAUUGAUUUUGGAAUUGAUUUCUGUAAUUUGGUAGUGCUAGGACCAGUUGAGUGUUAAACGUGGGCAUUAAUUUUGGGUGAAAGGUGGUGAUGCUCAUGGUUCUUUAAUUUGAUUGUGCUUGUUAAGUUAUUGAGCGAAUGUAGAGGGUGCGUAAUUUGUUAGUAACAUGUUGCCGUAACAAUUGGUCUUUGCAUCUCUGCUGGAAAAACUAUGCCACUGAGCUUUAGAAUCUGUCUUGGUUUUAGAAAUGCCUCAGUUGUUAAGAGUAAUGGAGAAUUGGUGCAUGAUUUGUUUCUGUAAUUUAUUGUCUUUUUGGACCAAGUUUCUGGAAGAUGUUUAUGGACUUCAUUGGUUUAUCCCAGUUGAAAGAUAGCCUCAUCUUUGAGCUCUUCAUGUUCAACUGCAUGCAUGAUUAUUAGAUAGAUUUCCAUCAAUGAGCUUUUUGAUUCACUGUUAAGCCAUUAAGGUGUCAAAAAUGCAUUAAGAUUUAUGGGUAUUAUUCUUUAUUAGACAAUUGGUGCUUUUAUCCUGUGAGAAUAAGCCACAAUCAUAAUUAGAUGAUAGGUUGAUACUUGAAUUAAAAACUUAGUAUGCUGCCCAUGAAAUUGGUUGAUCAAUAUCGGGUAAUGUUUAAGAAGUUAGAACUCCAAGCUUUAUACUAUAUGUAUCUUUGCUUCCCUGACCUGUACACCGGUUUCCUAUUCAGAGUUAAUAAUGAUUAUUGAAAUUGUACCUGAUUCACAGUUUCUGUGUUUUUAUUAGUAUGACCAUUGCAUAUAUGCAUUUAUGUUUCUGUAUAUAUGAUCUUGAUGGGUGUUAUUGUGGUAUAAGCUUAAUAGGUAGUCAAGGAAAAAGCGCUGCUUGCUAACAAUUUACAUAGGAGUGACUGUUAACACUCAAGUUAUAAAUGGAAACAAAACGUGCUUUACCUAUUCAAAGAUCAGGCCCAAGGCAAAUUAGUAGCAUUGGGGCCUCAGCAUCUCCAUCCCCUUCAUUUCCUAUUCAUCCAACUGCUCUGGAAGAGACGUAUCCAAGGUUUUCUGAACUGCAGCCGGUUUCUUUAGAGAGGGAACUCAUGCAGCAUCCUCCAGCUGUUGUUUCAUCAUUCUCUUCCAACGAUGGGGCUGUUGGACAUAUAUUUUCUUCUUCAUUGGGAUUUUCUACCAAUCUCCAUUUUUCAUGCACCCAACAGCAACAAGAAAAGCAUACUAGGCAACUCCCUUUUGUUUCUCAAUCAGCAAAUAGCGGAAAAUCAGUUUUGCUACAUUCUAUUGAUUCUCAACUUAUUCAAUCUACCGCAUCAAGUCAUUUUAACAAAGAGAAUAAUGACUCUUGGUGCACGGAUACAAUGCCUGAUUUUCUUGAUAUUCCAAUGAGUACGACAAUCCAGAGUAGUCAGCUCUAUGGAAGUAACAGCAGUGUCAUCACCAUUCCUCAUGGAGAUCUUGGUAAACCCAAUGAUUGGCAAGAUUGGGCUGAUCAACUUCUUACUGAUAAUGAUGCUUUGACUGCUGAUUGGAGUGAGCUUCUUGCUGAUGCAAGUGUUACAGGUCCAGAACCAAAGCAAUGCACUAGUAUCUCCAAGCAGCAGACUCACAUACCCCAACAACUCCCCAGUACACCUGGAGAAAUUUGCGCAGGUGGCGCUCAAUCAUCCUCUAAUGCUGCUUCAGGAAAGCAACGAAUGCGCUGGACCCCAGAACUUCAUGAGACCUUUGUGGAAGCAGUCAACAAGCUUGGUGGCAGUGAAAGAGCUACCCCCAAGGGUGUUCUCAAACUAAUGAAAGUUGAAGGUUUGACCAUCUAUCAUGUUAAAAGCCAUCUACAGAAGUACCGAACAGCUAGAUACAAACCAGAGACAACAGAAGAGUCUUCAGAUAGGAAAACUGCCUACGUCGAAGAUUUGUCAUCCCUGGACUUAAAAACGGGUAUUGAAAUCACUGAAGCACUGCGAUUGCAGAUGGAAGUCCAAAAGCAACUCCACGAACAACUUGAGAUUCAGAGAAAUUUACAGCUUCGGAUUGAAGAACAAGGGAAAUAUCUUCAGUUGAUGUUUGAGAAGCAGUGCAAGUCAGGCACAGACAUGCUCAAGGGGGCGUCAUCGAGCAGUGAGAACGCUCUGAAAGAGUUGAGAGACACGCAAAAUUCCCUUGCCACAGAUAGUUCGGCAGUAGAAGCUAGUAGAUCCAAAGCACCAGGACAAACUUCUCAGAUGGCAGGCGAGAAGCAAAAAGCACCCGAAGGCGUGCCCAGCUCACCGCCUCCGAAGCGCACAAAAGUUGACGAGCAAGUCCCUGUGUCGUCCUAGAUUGUAGCAAUGCACUCCAGUCCGUGAGUAGGGGCAAGAGAGAGCUCACAUGAAGAUGUGAAAAUUUCAUUUUAUCUGUCAAUGAAAUUCAGAUCAGAGGCGUUGGUUUUUGUUUCCCAAUGUCUACUUGAUACCAAUAUUGAAGAUUUUGAGUGAACUCUUCAUAGGGAAAUAAAGCCACCUUUUGUUGAAAGUAAUGUCCAAAUGCUGGAAGCCUGGAACCAAUGAAUAAUCCGAGUUCUAUGAAUGCGUAUUCUUAUUCCU